CAACAGGAAAGAAAGAACGGUACAAUGCGGCGCGCGCUGGAACGGCUUGCCAAUAAUUUUUCUGGGCCCCAGCUCGCCUGUGAAGCAGGUUGAUGCCUAGCUUAUGGGGCAUCAAAUCCAAUUGAUGCUGCGCCAGUGCCUGGAGCCCUGGACCAAAAGAGAUCGACAGCCAAGUCCCUGUGGAUCCGGGACUUCGGAUGCCCAGACAUUCUUUCAGCUGACCAGUCAUGUGACCUCCAUGCCUCAUCCCAUUCCCAGGUUCAUCCGUAGCUACCGUCACCUGUCCUCGCAAUCACAAGCUGCCCGAAACCCCAUUCUCAAGAACAAUUUUUUAACUAUUUCUUUCAUGAUGGUCCAGUUUGGCGAUGUACGGAGUAGCGUCGUCUGGCUUCUUUCACUCGGUUUCGAGUUCCGUUUGGAUCAUGCACACUUUCUCAGCCAAUGGGACUCGGCUUAGCUAAUCCCCAUCGUUCGACUCUGGUGCAAGUCUGAAACGCAGAGCCCACAUCAGAGCCCCUUUUUCGAUCUCCUUUCUGGCCUCUCCUGUUAGCCGCUGGGCCAGCUGUCCCUUACAGGCCCGGACGGCGCAAAUCAGGCCCUCGUCUCAACCUUCUUACAGGGCAAUCGGGAGACACA